GUGAGCGCCGAGGAACAACCGACCGACGGUGAAACGAACGUGAAGCCGAAUCAAUUUUGUUGGUGUGCUGAUUUGAAAUGCGACAGUGAUAUAGCUGCCAGAGAGAAGAAACAAGAAGAGGGUGUUUCUGCAGAGUCCAGUCUACUGUGGUUGCUGGUGUAUUUCUGCUGCGAUAUAGACCCAAGACGCACAGCUUUGAGGUCCCUGCUGUGUGAAGUUAUCUAGCCUAUGUUACUUCCUGCUCUCGGGUGGCAGUGAACUAACGUGAGGAGCUAAAGAGAUGGACCAAAACAACAGUAUACCGGCCUUUCAGGGGCUGGCUUCCCCUCAGGGUGCCAUGACCCCAGUCAUGCCAAUCUUUAGUCCCAUGAUGCCGUAUGGCUCAGGCUUGACACCACAGCCCGUCCAGAACACCAACAGUUUGUCAAUACUGGAGGAACAGCAGAGGCAACAACAACAACAACAGCAGCAACAGCAACAACAGGCACAGCAGGCAAACACAGGCCUCCCUGGAACGUCGGGGCAGACCCCUCAACUUUUCCAUUCCCAGGCAGUAACAGGCACGACCACCACAGCACUGCCAGGGAAUACCCCUCUCUACAACACUCCACUGACCCCCAUGACCCCUAUCACACCAGCCACACCAGCCUCAGAGAGCUCUGGAAUUGUACCACAGCUACAAAACAUAGUAUCUACUGUAAAUCUGGGCUGUAAACUGGAUUUGAAGACCAUUGCUUUAAGAGCCAGGAAUGCAGAGUACAACCCAAAGCGUUUUGCUGCGGUCAUCAUGAGAAUACGAGAACCCAGGACCACUGCUCUCAUCUUCAGCUCAGGGAAGAUGGUCUGUACUGGAGCCAAGAGUGAGGAGCAGUCGAGGUUAGCUGCCAGAAAAUACGCUCGUGUGGUGCAGAAGCUCGGUUUUCCCGCUAAGUUCCUGGACUUCAAGAUUCAGAACAUGGUAGGAAGCUGCGAUGUGAAGUUCCCCAUUCGACUGGAGGGCUUGGUCCUCACACAUCAACAGUUUAGCAGCUAUGAACCGGAGCUGUUUCCAGGACUGAUUUACCGAAUGAUCAAACCCAGAAUCGUGCUGCUCAUCUUUGUUUCUGGGAAAGUUGUACUCACAGGUGCCAAGGUGAGAGCAGAGAUCUACGAAGCAUUUGAAAACAUCUACCCCAUUUUGAAAGGCUUCCGCAAGACAACGUAGAACCUGCAGCUCCUACUUUUACCAUCUCGCCAACCCCAACUCUUUUUACUCUGAUUUAUUUUUUUUUUAAUUCACACAAAGCGUCAUCUGUAUGUUGACCUCUACAAGUGGACUGCUAUAAGGGCUGUUUUACAGGGAUGUGAGUCAUCUCCAGUGUUCCAGACUUUUUUUUUUUUUUUACAGGAUUUUUACAGGUUUUUUUUUUUUUUUUGUUGCAGUGUUUUCAUCAUAAGUGGAGGUAUAUUUUACAACCAGACAUCUCCAUUUGUUUGGAACCUUUUCUCUGUUUUAGCUCAGUUUUUCUCGGCUUUGUCUGUUCUGAUCACGUCCCUGAUUGUACAUAGGACUGUAAAGAAAUGUAAAAAAUCAUUGAUUAGAAGAGAAGCAGUCAGACAUGGACUGUUUUUUACUUUAAAUUGUUUUAAGUAGUUUUGUACGCUGCCGUUUUAUUAAUUGUCCGCUCGGUCCCCAAGUUGUAUCAAGAUGUGUUCGAGUCUGUCAGCCCUACAUUCCUGUUGACAGUGUUUUAUUUUGUGACACUGUUUAUGCUAGACCAGUCUUCUUUUUGAGAGUUGUGUCUAAUACAUUCAAAUCAGUGGGAUAUUUGUUCACCUUAGUCCUAAUUUCAGAAAUGCUGGAAUUGAAUUUCUCUAAGUUCAACACUUUGGACGAGUCGUAGUGCAGUCCAGCCUGUGAAGGUGAAGUUGGAUGCUCUUAAAUUUGAAUUGACAGUUAAACUAAAUUGAUCCUGCUGCUAAAGUUGUCAUCAAGUUGUUGCUUGGUGCGUCAAGGUUUGUGUCACUUGGUUUGGAUCCCUGAUACAUUUGUGCUUAAUCAACCAGAACCAAAACGUGAAGAAAAGACACUGCUGGUGAGAAAGGAGACAGCUUCGUGUUUUACUCACUUAAAUUCACAUCCUGCGUCCGUCUUCCAUUCACUCGCACUAGAACACAUGAUGAUGGCAAAUUACACACGGUGCCAUGUCUAUGUAUUGUUUUAAAGUUUUCAUAUCUAUUUUUUUUGGCCAUUUAAAACUAUUUAAAAGUUUUCUUCUGAAGGGUUAUUUUUGAGCGCAGGCACGCGAAUCUGUCUUGCCUGCACACUGUUUGCUUGGUCACACCAAAAACGAGUUUAAAUUUUGGGCACUUCUUGGUGUGCUUGUGCAUCACAGGCAACUUCGACUGUUUCACCAUCUGUGUGUCUGUCUGCAACCUGGCAUCUGCAUGGACAGCAGAAUAGCAGAGGAGACGAGGGAUUGAUGCUAAACAGCAUUUAGUAUUAAUUCAUUCUUUCCUCUGUGAUUCUGAGCUCAGCAGCAGCCAAGCAGGAGACCAGGAAACUGUCACAUCUAAAUGCAGUUCUUCUGAAGAUUGUUUAUGUGCUGCACUGUGCAUUAAUAAAUGUGUACAUAUGGA